AUGAGGGGCGGAGGCCGGGGCGACCGGCAAGCGACGCUCUUCCAGGUGUGGGGGACGCCGCCGGCCGCGGCGCCCGAAGAAGCAGCAGCCGCGGAGGAGGCGCCUCUCCCCUGUCCGGUGGGCUUCGCGGGCGGCGCGGCGGGCUCGGUGUGGCUGUUCCCGGCGGGCGCCGGCGUGGAGGAGCGCGGCUACCAGGCCCGGGCGGCGCGGGCGGCGCUCUUCCAGAACACGCUGCUGUGCCUGCCCACCGGGCUGGGCAAGACCCUGGUGGCGGCCGUGGUGCUGGGCAACUUCUACCGCUGGUUCCCCGGAGGGAAGGCGCUCUUCCUGGCGCCCACCAAGCCCCUGGUCGCCCAGCAGAGGGAGGCCUGCGCCGCCCUCAUGGCCAUCCCCGCCCGACACAUGGCCGCCCUCACCGGAGGUACUCAGGUGGCUGAUCGGAAAGAAAUCUGGCAAAAUAAGAGGGUUUUCUUUCUUACGCCUCAGAUAAUGGCAAAUGACCUUUCCCGUGGAGUGUGUCCUGCAGUGAAAAUUAAAUGUCUGGUUAUUGAUGAAGCCCACAGAGCUCUUGGAAAUCAUGCUUAUUGUCAGGUUGUGAAAGAAUUAUGCAAAUAUACGCGGCAGUUCCGUAUUUUGGCUCUAAGUGCCACUCCUGGCAGUGACACAAAGGCUGUGCAGCAAGUUAUUUCCAACCUGCUGAUUUCACACAUAGAACUAUGUGCUGAAGAUUCUCCCGAUAUCCAGCCUUACACUCACCAGCGGCAGGUUGAAAAAUGCGUUGUUCCACUUGGGAAGGAGCUGGCUGAAGUUCGUAAUGCUUACAUCAAGGUCCUGGAAACAUUUGCCGGCCGACUGAUCAGGCUCCAGGUUUUGUCUAAACGUGAAAUUCCUGCACUUACUAAGUAUCAGAUCAUUCUAGCACGGGAUCAGUUUAGGAAAAAUCCUUCACGCACUGCGGGAAUGCAGCAAGGCGCAAUAGAAGGAGAUUUUGCUCUUUGUAUUAGUUUGUAUCAUGGUUAUGAGCUACUGCUGCAAAUGGGAAUGCGAUCCUUAUUUAUCUUCUUAUGCGGAAUUAUGGAUGGAUCAAAAGGUAUGACUCGUACCAAAAAUGAACUUGGGCGUAAUGAAGACUUCAUGAUGUUGUACAGCCAGCUUGAAAACAUGUUUGCAGACACAAAUGUGACCUCAGCAAAUGGAGAUGGAAACGGGAAGCCAUUCAUCUACAGUCACCCAAAGUUAAAGAAAUUAGAAGAUGUUGUAGUAGAACAUUUCAGAUCCUGGAAGGAGCGUGGAGAUCAAAGUGCACCUGAAGGCCAGCCUGGGGAGACCAGAGUCAUGAUCUUCUCCUCCUUCCGUGACAGUGUGCAGGAAAUUGCAGAAAUGCUGAGCCAGCACCACCCGGAGGUGAGGGUCAUGACCUUUGUGGGCCACUCCACCGGCAAGAGCACCAAGGGCUUUACGCAGAAGGAGCAGCUUGAGGUAAGGAGGGGUCAGGGGCUGGCAGAGAGCCCAACGUGGCAAAGUCAUGCUGCGCACGUCUUGCUUGUUGUCGUCAGCGAGAUGUUGUUGCAAGGAGAGCUCCGGUGCCAAGAAAGCGCUCUUUGCAAGACAGUGGUGCCCAUUUAG